AUGGUGUCUAACUGUUGUUAUGUCAUUUGGUGUCAUUUACCCCAACCGGUGCUUGAUAAUAUCGUGUUGAAAAAAAACGAAUACACUGAAUCAGUUAAAGGAUACACAGAAUAUAUUUUUGUUAUUUUUCAAACCGAGACCAUCUGUAUUAUUAUAAAGCAGGCUUGCAAAUCACGGUUGCAGUUGGUCAAGAUUGUACGCUCCUUAGAAACAAACUUUUUUGUACUUACUUUGAUAAGAAGAGAUAGUACCGCAUUUGUUAGCACCGUGAACGUUUGUUAUGUUGAAAAUGUCCUCCCAGUUAGACAACAUCAUAAGCGCUUACAAGACAUUGGCAAAAAUACCAUCAGUUGCUGCUUGAGCGUCGUCGCCGAGAAUGAUUUCGGAAUCGACGUUAGCAAUGAAGUGCUGUCAGCCGUAUCUCCUCGAGAGACGUUCAAGGCGUUGAUAAGGGAGGAGAAAAAUGGCAAGGAUGCCAAAAAACAGUAUCUCGAAGUAUGGAGUAAAAAUACUUUAGCGCACAGCGUGGAUCUCACUGCAUUGGACAUUCAUGGAGAUGUUUACGCCGACGGUGAAUUCGGCUGCCUUGACUGGUCGCAUGACGAGACAUCCCUGGUGUAUGUAGCGGAAAAGAAGUUGCCAAAAUCGGAACCAUAUAUCAAAAGGAAAUCCGAUGAUAAACCAAAGACAGAUGGCAGCGGAGAAACUGCUCCUAAAAAGGGUGAAGAGUUCCGUUACAGGCAGGAAUGGGGGGAACAGCUGGUGGGCAAACACCUCUCAGUAAUUGUUGUGUGCAAACUGCCUACUGAGACGUUUACUGUGCUGCAAGGACUGCCGGAGUCAUGGUGUCCUGGACAGGUCCGUUUCUCUCCCGAUGGCAGUGAUGUGGUGGGCGUGGCUUGGGAAACAGAACCGCGCCGACUCGGACUUAUAUUCUGCACCAACAGGCCCAGCUGGAUAUUCAGUCUUUCACUGGAAGGAAAUAUGAGAAAGCUGAGUGCAGAUGGAUUGGCAGUUCGUUCCCCUCGAUACAGUCCACUUGGCGAUCUUGUGUGGCUCCAGCGCCAAGCAGGUGGCCCUCAUCACGCUUGUCACCAACUUGUCACCAUUAAGAAAGGAUCUACUGAAGUAACAACAAUAAUAAACAUAGUUCAAACCGAAGUGACAAUCGACGGUGGACAAAAGUUCUAUGGGUUGUAUGGUCAGUCGUUGCCCAGCAAAUGUUUCAGUGCAGACGGCGCCAGAAUCAUUUUCUCAACGCCACAGAAGACCGAAGUGAGAAGCUAUGCUGUUCAUAUUGAUACCGGUAAAAUAGCUGACAUAUCGAACAAAAGUGCUCCGGGUUCAACCAGCAUUCUGGAUGUGAAGUCAGACGUUAUACUAGCUGCUUGCUCUAACCUGACUACUCCUGGACAGAUAAACAUAGCCAAAUUGCCUGCGGCAAACAGCGAAGCAAACAUUAAAUGGGUGCGCGUGAGCAAUCCUAGUGAGGUACCCGCGUGUGUCGUCGGUUCUACUGUGGAAUACUUGGACCUUGAACAUUCAGACUCUAAGGAUACUAUUAAAUCAUUUAAUGCAAUAUAUUUCGCUCCAAAGGCGGAGGGUAAAAAGUUACCCUUAAUAGUAUGGCCCCACGGAGGUCCACACACAAACUUUGUUAACGCCUUCAUGUUGGAACCUGCACUUUUCAAUAUGCUUGGUUUUGUGAUAGUACUAAUCAACUAUCGAGGCUCAACCGGCGCGGGCGACGCCUCUCUCAAAUGCCUUUUAAAAACUAUUGGAGAUUAUGACGUCAAAGAUUGUAAGCUCGCCACGGAUGAGGUUGUGAGAUCUCGUCCCAUUGAUUCGAAAAAAGUAGCCCUGACAGGCGGUUCCCAUGGAGGGUUUUUGGUCACCCACCUAAGUGGACAGUACCCUGACACGUAUAGCGCGGUGGUGACGAGGAAUCCUGUGACUGAUGUUGCUACUAUGUUUAAUUCUACUGAUAUAGCUGACUGGUGUGCCGUUGAAGCUGGUUACGAGUUCACAGAACAAGGCCCGGUAUCAGAAGAGGCGUUAGUGGCUAUGAGGCGCUGUUCACCCCUAGUCCACGUCCACAAAGUCCGCGCGCCCACCGCGCUGAUGCUCGGCAGUGUGGACAAGCGGGUACCUCACUACCAAGGGCUGGAGUACGCCAGGAGACUUAAGGCAAACGGAGUUGCUACCAGAAUAUACAUGUACGAUGACAACCAUUCUUUGUCCUCCCUCCCUGCAGAGAUGGACAACCUCAUUAACGGUGCUCAGUGGAUUAUGCAGCAUCUUCAAUUAUAG